CAGCUCUCCCAUUUCGUUCAUUCUUAUUCUUCUUUUCGAGCCUACGCUCUCAUCGGGACUGGUCCGUAAGUACUUGUCCACUUCUACGUUUUGCUUUCUCUAGCUAACAUGUCUUCCUUCGUAGCCUGAUCUUUUUCUUGCUUUUCUUUACGCCCACGCCAAACCCACGCUCGCUACUUUCUUCAACGACUACAACUCUUUUUACUCAUCACUAACUCACUCUGACCAUCAUGCACGCUUUCGCCGCCAUCGUUGUCGUCUUGACUCUCGUUGCUCGGCCCGUUUUCGCUAUCCCCCUUCCUUCAGUUGGUGGUGGAAAGCUCGACUUGCUCGCACGCACUAACCUUGCACCUGGCCUCGCCGAAGUCCUCAAUCUUCAUGAGCGUUCAUCCGAAGAUGCAUUACUCCUCGGCAGGAUGCAUUCUCGGGACUUCCGUCGUCCUGUUUCAGCAUAUGUUGAGCCUCAGGCUAGGAGCAUUAUCUUCUCUCGUGAAGACCUUCCCCGCAGGAGUAUCUUUGCUGAGGAAGUUUUGUUGAGGAGGGCACCUGAACCUUCGGUCUUCGUCAGGGCUCAUCCUCGCGACUUCAGCCGAAUCCAUGAAGCACGUAUGGAGGAAGCUCGUGAAAUAGCUGAAAUCGCGCGUGCUAUCAUUGAGCCUGUUCUCUAUGCCAGAGAGCAUGCCCGGGACUUCCACAACGAGCUUCCUUCGAGGAGCGUUGGAGAGAACACUGCCAUUGCUGAAGUACCUCACCCUCAGCCGGCCAAGACUCACCCCAGGGACUUCCGUGUUCCCACUGUGACCAAGAAGUCCGCCAGUGCUCAGCAGGGCGCGACACUCUCUCGCAAGUACAGCGUUCAGCAACGUUCUUCUGACGGCCCUCAAUGCGUCGCUAAACGCCGCCUGAGCCUGAACUAGACGAAUUCUUCUCAACUCGACCAGGAGUUUGGGAAGAUACUAAUGAGCACUGAGUGCACCCUAUCGGCUAGUCCGAAGGUACCAUACAAGAGUUGUUGAGUAACUCUGAAGGAUCCUUGUAGUCGUACUUUACGCCUUUCUAUUGAAUGAACAUGGAUGUUGAGAGCACAAGACUGUAUGAGUCUGGCGUCCUGAUAAAUGGGUAACUCGAUGAGCUUCGAUAGUUUAACUUUCGAGCUUCCUUGCCCACGGCACCGAGAU